AUGUUCGUAUUCAGGAUAUGGCAGGAUGUCGAUCUUCAUGGCCCUCGAGCCUGGCUCAAAUUUAUAGACCUCUCAUGGGAGCACCUCGCUGUGACUUCCCUCACCAAAUCCAUCACUUUGCAUGAUUCUGGUGCCAUUGGUGAAGCGUUUGUGCAGAUGGCAGCAAUGGACGCCAACAUCAUCAUUCUUGGUUAUCCGAACCUUGAGAGACUCAAAGUUGUCGAGUCAAAAAUUUUGAAACUGGUCUAUAACUUUCGUCACAAAGUCAUAGAGGUAGAGCUUACGCAGGAUGAGCAGUUUCUUGAUCCAGACCACACCGGCGAACACAAUGGCCAUGAUGAUUCUGAGGAAACGCUUGAUGUGGACCAGGACGAUUUCUCUGAUUUUCUGGACUACCUUAUUCUCACUCAUUGUAGCUGA